AUUUUCCGUUCUCUUUCUCUCUCUGCUCUCUCUCUCUCUCUUUCUCUCUCUCUUUUGUUGUCAUAUCUUAUAGGGUGGGUAGCUAGCUCUAGCUAGCUAGCUAAAAUAUCAAAUAGUUCUCACAGUGACACAGUCCUUACAUCAAACCCAUAAUCUGCACGCCUACACCCUCCCUUUGCUCCCACACCUUCCCCUGUAGAGCUACCUAAAGUUAACCUUUGCUUUUGCCUUCCUCAACCCCAAACUAUUCUUCCUUCCAUCUACAAAACCCAUUUCCUCAAUUUCUUCAUCUCUCGCCAAACAUGUCCAUAAACCACUUUUCCUCAGACCACCCAGAAACCCAGUGGUGGCCUAACACUGCCCACCACCAACAACAACAAGACCCUUCCAGAGCCCAUUUCCUCCCUCAAUUUUAUCAAGACACCCACCACCACAAUUACCAGGCUUGGCUCAACUCCCAAGAACAACCCACACCCAUGUCCCCUACUCCUCCCACCCCCACCACCCUCAAUUUCAAUCUCAACCAAAACGACGCCGAAUCAGACCACACCAACCAAUUACAGCACCAGCUCCUCCUCCAAUCCUCCCCACCGCUCGACGACCACGACGAGGAGAACGAGCCCAUGUUCGAGAAGCCCUUAACCCCGAGCGACGUCGGGAAGCUGAACCGCCUUGUCAUCCCGAAGCAGCACGCGGAGAAAUAUUUCCCACUCGGCGGGGGCGAUUCGGGGCUCCUCCUGAGUUUCGAGGACGAGUCGGGCAAGUCCUGGCGCUUCCGCUACUCCUACUGGAACAGCAGCCAGAGCUACGUCCUCACCAAAGGCUGGAGCCGCUACGUCAAGGAGAAGCGCCUCGACGCCGGCGACGUUGUUUUGUUCGAGCGCCGCCGCUCCCACACCGACCGCCUCUUCAUUGGAUGGAGGCGCCGCUCAGCUGCCGCCACUCCCUCGGCGCACGAUAGCGGGCCCGGCCCUGCGCAGGUUAGUGGAGGAGCGGGCGAGAGCAGCGGCAGCGGCAGCGCGGGGGGAUGGACCAGGAUGUUCUAUUCUGCGCCGCAUCAUAAUAAUAAUGAUGGUGGUUCGUCUUAUCCUGCGCACCAGUAUCAUAAUCAUAGUGUGGCGCCAUACCCACCUGACUGUCUUCAUGCAGCAGGGCCUGGUGUCCAGAACAUGAGUCAAACGACGUCGUCGGUUGGGAGCUCGAAGAUACUGAGGCUGUUUGGGGUGAACUUGGAGUGCCAGCAGCAGGCUGACCACGAGUCCGAGCCAUCCACACCCGAUGGCUCGUCGUCUUUGUCCAUGUCAUCGAGCCAGGGUCCAACCCCACACCACCACUUGUACCCCCGAGCUGCUUAUGACUAUGCUGCAGAACAGAGGGUACGUGUACCCCUCAAAACCACUUUCACUAAUUAUCCUAAUCAUUAUUGUUAAUUAUUAUUAUUAUGCUACUGUUCAUGUAUUUUUAUGAAAAGAAAAAGAAACCAUUUUGUUUCCUCUAAUGAGACAGAUUAUGAGGGUUAAGGGUCUUAGGAAAUUAGCAAACUACAUGGUCUCCUUUCUCCCCAACAAGUGAUCAUACCUAAAGGGAUUGAUUAGUGGGUCAUUAAUAUCACUAUCGUUUCAAUUAGUAGGAUUUUGACGGAUUAAUUCAAGUAGUGAGAUUUAUAUAUCAAUCAACGGUUCAUAGUUGUUGACGCGUAGCGUACGUGGCAAUUAGUGAAACUAAUUAAUUUAUAUCUUUAUUGUGGUUUGGAAGUCAACUAAUUUGGACCAAUUUUUGCUAAAAAUUGAUAACUUUUCGGUCUAGGAUUGAGCCAAAAGAAUGCCUGGACCCAACCAAAGUCACCUAAUUAAGGGUCUGUUUGGGCGGAAGAGUUGAGUUGAUUUCAAUAAUUGAUAAAAAUACAACACCACCGCAAAAAGCAUGAGGGCAGCUUUUGUGGACUGGACUGGACUGGCCUGGCCGGAGUGUGUGUUGUUGGAGCUCAUUUUUCCCACCCCAAAUUUGAUUUGCCCUUUUCUUUCUUUCUUUUGUCCUUCUACUACUAAGAUUAGCCACACACAAACAUGAGCUGUUAUGCCGUGUGGAAUAUUUUAGGCACCGACUCUCUCUCUCUCUCUGUAAGGCGGCCAUCUGUUUGUUUAUUAUAGAGUUGAUCUAUAAUUUCUUUAGUUUUGAACUUUCUACUUUUUCUUGCUUUUUGUUUUUCUUCCCACUUUUGGAACUUUGUCCUAAAGUAGAACAUAAUAAUGCGACGCGUUAAUUACCUUAAGAAAAUACUCCUCUCUUUCUUACUUCUUACCUGGUAAGUAGGAUUUCUGCCAAUAGCCGUGUUAAAUGUAUGCAUAACCUUUUUAUUUUUAUGUUCUUGAUAAAUUAUUUUUACAUAUAUGUCAAACUGUGACUCGUAAAAAAGAGGGCAAGUAGUUUUUGAAACUUAAUUAAUAUUUUAUAAAGGGUUUAGAGUUGCAAUUAUUUAAUUAUGAUGCCGCCCAAAAUUAAGUGAUGUCUGAUGGUCAAGUUAGUAGGCAGCAGAAAAUAGGGUGGCUGGCUAGCGAAUACGGCAUGUAGACAGCACUGAUUUUCACACAAAAAAAUGUAAUGUAAUUGAUUUUGGUGUGUUUUGUUUUGUGAUUG